GCCGGCGGAGAAGGGCGAGCCCGGAGCCCGAGGCAGGUCCGGCCAUGGAGCUGCGCUCGGAGCUGCCCAGCGUGCCCGGCGCGGCGACGGCAGCGGCGACGGCGACGGGACCGCCCGUGGCGUCGGUGGCGUCGGUGGCCGCGGCCGCCGCCGCCGCCGCGUCCCUGCCGGUGAGCGUGGCCGGGGGCCUGCUGCGGGCGCCGCCGCUGCUGCUGCGGGCGGCCGAGAAGUACCCGCGGACCCCCAAGUGCGCCCGCUGCCGCAACCACGGCGUGGUGUCGGCGCUCAAGGGCCACAAGCGCUACUGCCGCUGGAAGGAUUGCUUGUGCGCCAAGUGCACGCUCAUCGCCGAGCGCCAGCGCGUCAUGGCGGCGCAGGUGGCGCUACGCCGGCAGCAGGCGCAGGAGGAGAACGAGGCGCGCGAGCUGCAGCUGCUGUACGGCACGGCCGAGGGCCUGGCGCUGGCCGCCGCCAACGGCAUCAUCCCGCCGCGGCCGGCCUACGAGGUGUUCGGCUCGGUGUGCGCGGCGGACGGCGCGGGCCCGGGAGCUGGCGCGCCCGCGGGCGGCGCGGGGGGCGCGGGGGGCGCAGCCUCCGCGCCGCCGCACCACAGACCCUUGCUGGCCGGGGCCGUGGCGCCGGGCGCGCUGGGCUCGCUGGGCAGCCGCUCGGCCUUCUCGCCGCUGCAGCCCAGCGCCGGCCACUUCGGCGCCGACGCGGGCGCCUACCCGCUGGGCGCGCCGCUCGGCCUGAGCCCGCUGCGCCUGGCCUACUCGGCGGCCGCGGCGCACAGCCGGGGCCUGGCCUUCAUGGCGCCCUACUCCACGGCCGGCCUGGUGCCCACGCUCGGCUUCCGGCCGCCGGUGGACUACGCCUUCAGCGACCUCAUGCGCGACCGCUCGGCCGCCGCCGCCGCCGCCGUGCACAAGGAGCCCGGCUACGGGGGCGCGCUCUACGGGCCCCUGGUGAACGGCACCCCGGACAAGCAGUAGGGCCUCGGGGCUCGGCCGGAGGGCGGGAGCCCCCGGGCCACCGCCCCCAGGCCCGCUCGCCCCGCUCUCAGAGGCCGGGGGUCCCCAAGAACCCGAGGGCGGCCGCGCCCUCCCCGCUGCUCCCUGCGCUCCGCUCGCCUCGCCAGCCCCGCGCCCGGGCGAACGGCAGGCUCAUCGGCCUCUGUGUCCCCAGUACCCGUUCCCCCUUCAUUAAAAAAAAAAAAAAAAAUCCGCUCUAACAAAUAUAAAUUUAGGAUGUAUCCAUCUCUUGGCACUGAGUCGAGUCUUUGGGACACACACGUAUAUAUCGAUAUCAAUUGUAAAAAAAAAAAAAAAAGAAAGAAAGAAAAAAACGUUCUAAGGUGCACUUUCCUCGUUGCGGUAUUUGUCGCUCUCUUUGUUGCUUAUGCCAAUAAGCAUGGGUUUCCUUGGUGCAGUGUGAGUUUUUUAUAUAUGUAUAAAUCUAUAUAUAAUCUAUACAUAUAUAUAUAUACAAGCCGGUGUAUAAUGUUAUAAAAUGGAAUUCUAAGUUAUUAAUUGUAAUUUGUAGGUGACCUCGGUAUUAACGUGGAAAACAUUCAAAAACCAAGCAAAAAAAGAAAAAAGGACAAAAUGGAAAAAAAUUAGACUAUCCGCGCAUUGUACGUAUCGGGUUUUAUAGCUGGGACCUGCUGUUGGCUGGGGAGGAGCCGCCGCCCCGGCCCGGCCCGGCCCGGC